UUUCGAAGCAUGUGGCAAGAAGGAUAAACCGUCUACGGAUACCGGAUCGUAGGAGGGGUGGAUUAAGAGUAGCAAUGGGUGGCUGCUAAAGGUUGUCAAGCCACAAGAAAUCGAAGAAGUCGUGCACGACACCGACGCGUGCAAAAUUAUAAAUGUCGAGUGUAGUUCCUCAUGCAGAGACACUAUCGCCACUGCUGUUUAUAUCCACCCUUUUCCUGCCGCGUAAGCAGCCUCAAAUGCUGCUCUCGCCUUGCAGUUGCAGUUUCAGCAUUGCCUUAUGGCACCUUGGCCCUGCGGAUCGAGUCCCAGAUCUCCAUGAGGUAUUUCCCACAUUCCCCAUCCUCUCGGGUGGCUUGCAUUGCCGGCAGUUGGUGCGUGCAUGAGAAUGCCGACGGCAUCGCGACGGAGGAGGUGUGGAUGUCGUCUCAUCAAGGUUCAGUUUGAGAACGGGCCGCGUGGGUGCAUCGGGCUUGGCAGUCAUGCCUGCUCCGAUACCGAUGGUGAUGAUACGGGGAGAAGC